CACUUGUAAUAUAAUUUUGACUUCUCGGUCCCACCUCCCGCACAACCCAUAAUGCCGUUCCCAGAUUUUCUGGUCAAUCAAACGUGGAAUUAACAAUUUUCACGAUUUCACGUUUUGCUAAAAAAUUCAAGCUUCCAGAGGUUGCAGAAAUUAAACCCUCGAUUUUAUUUCCUCACAUCUUGUCAUUGAUGAAUUACAGAAGGGAUCACCGUUCCUCCAGAACAUCUCUCUUUAAUGACCUUGAGGAAGGUAGUCUUAGGGCUUCUACUUCAUAUUCCCAUGACAUUAACGAGCAUGACAAUGACAAAGCUGUUGAGAGUUUGCAAGACAGAGUAAUUUUCUUAAAACAAAUAACAGGUGACAUACAUGAUGAGGUAGAGACUCAUAAUCGCCUCCUUGAUCGAAUGGGGAAUAAAAUGGAUGCUUCAAGGGGCAUAAUGUCUGGCACCAUGGAUCGGUUCAAGAUGGUAUUUGAGAAAAAAUCCAGCCGAAGAAUGUGUACACUUGUCUCGUGUUUUGUGAUUUCUUUUUUAAUUAUAUACUAUCUAAUCAGGAUACUCAGCUACUUCAACCAUAGCUGAUAGAGAACCGGAGAAGCUUCUCUGCUCAAAUCUUCAAUUACAUGUUGAAUCCCAGCGUGACCGUAUUCACUGACCUGAAAGAAAUAUUAUGCCAAUCUAAAUGACCAGUAAAGGAGGGCAGGUUUGAAUUUGAAUAUUGGUAUUUGCUUUUAUGAUAAAUGUUACCAUUUUAAUGCCAUUAUUCUGUGUAGGGCGGCUUGUCUGUCAGGUCAGGCCUGGUCAUUUGUUACUCUUGCAAAGUGACAAUAAAGAACACUAAUUGUUUUUGCCAAAACAUUGUGCUACUGUUUUCUUUUAUUUAUGGCAUCUUUGUGUGAAAGUACCAGAGGCUUGGAAUCUAAUCUUAUUGUGUUCUGCUCUA